CCCCCUCCCUCUCUCAGUGCUCCAAAUUCUGCCAGAGGAGCAGGAGGCGGGAAAAGGAAUGCAAGCCCGACUCUAUUUACCUCUCUCUCUCGCGCGGUUUCGUUCUGUUUUGAUGUGUGUGUUGUGGUGCGUAGCAUUGCGGUGUGUUGUUAGUCUGUGUGUGUGAGGAAGACAGCCAGUCCUCUCUCUCUGAGGCAGGAACAGGACCGGUCAGCGGGCUGGAGCAUGGAGGGAGGCAGGUGUGCAUCGCUCCCCGCAAGCGGCUUUAUUCUGGGAACAGUGGUUCAGACCCUCCUCACCUGUGGACUGUGUUUGGAAGAGGAGCCGGCGUGGGGCAGUGAGGGCUUUUCCUCUCCUCCUCCAGGUGGACUCAGAUCACCCUGCCUGGAGCUACACAGGGCUUCUGAUCGCUAACUACUCCCUCAACCCCAAGAGACGGCGCUGGCUCAGAGGGGAUUCCAGCGGGGGUCCUUGACACCCCCCUGGGCAUCAAGCAUGUUGGAGUGCGCUCAGUAGUGGCCGUCUGCUUACGAGGGAGGGGUUUGGAUCAGGGCUGGUUUUCAGGGUGUGCUCACCACACCAGUCCACCCCCCAUCUGUUCAUCCAUCUCUCUCUCUCUCUCUCUCUCUCUCUCUCUCUCUCUCUCUCUCUCUCUCUCUCUCUCUGUCUCUCUGUCUGUCUGUCUCUCUGUCUCUCUGUCUCUCUGUCUGUCUGUCUGUCUGUCUGUCUGUCUGUCUGUCUGUCUGUCUGUCUCUCAUGCUGUAGACCCUCGCGCUCAUUCUCAUCUCUCUUUCUUUCAAGCCCCCACCCUCUCGGUGUCUCUCAACACAGACCCCUGCCGGAGGACUUAGAGGUGUUUAAUGCCGGCUCAAGAGCUGGUGCUAGCACCUGUCUCAAGCUAGCUGAAUCCCUGCGGGCCCCAGUAGCGUUAGCCUCCCCCGUGGAGUGGCUGUACCCCGACAGCACCAUGUGGAGUCAGUCUGGACCCUGCAGCCCCCGGGCUCACCCCGGCCACCCCUUCUACCGCGGCCCCUGCAGCCAUAAUCAGCGGAUAACCACGUUCCGACAUCCAGUGACGGGAAGAGUGGCAACAGAUAACCUGGACUUCAUCCUCCAGCAACAGCCACAGGGAGUCCUCACCAUGUCCCUCCCCCCAGCAGGGAAGCCCGGCCGGCCGUCCAGCACCACAGUGAGUGAGUCCUCCACCACCUUCACCUCCUCCACCGUGGACACCAACUCCGCAGCCAAGGGCUCACGGUCCAGUGGGAAGAUCCACGGCUUUGGGAAGAGACAGCAGUCCCUGAAGAGGAACCCCAAUGUCCCCGUGGCGGUCCGGGGAUGGCUCUACAAGCAGGACAGUACAGGGAUGCGUCUUUGGAAGAGAAAGUGGUUUGUCUUGGCUGACUACUGUCUUUUCUACUACAAAGACAGCCGAGAGGAGUCUGUGCUGGGCAGUAUUCCGUUGCCAAGUUAUGUCAUCAGUCACAUUGGACCAGAGGACCACAUCAGCCGCAAGUUUGCCUUUAAGGCCGGCCACACAGGCAUGCGUGCAUAUGCUCAAAAGCCCAGGUCUGUGAUUGGCUCGCAGGCAGAGCACGGGGGCAUGCGGACAUACUACUUCAGCGCCGACACGCAGGAGGACCAGAGCGGCUGGCUGCGGGCCAUGAACCAGGCAGCGCAGAUGAAGAACCAGGCAGUGGUCAGGUCCAAAGAGAUCCUCCUCUCCCUGGAACCCCAGCAGGCUGUCCCCCUGACCAACCACGGCCGCCCCCACCCCUCUGAGAUCUCAGACCGCCAGGAGACCCACCUGGAGCCCCUCCGCCGGGGACCCUCGGACCACGCCGGGACCCUCCUCCGAGACCCCGCCCCCGUCCCCAUGGAGAUGGACACUCACUCCUCCCUCGUGUCCAAUCCCGCCGCCUCCUCCUCCUCCCACUUCUCCCCCCUGACAGACGCCGGCCCCCCGUCGGCCCCGGGCUCAAGGGCCCCGUCACGGGCCACCUCCGCGCUCCCCGAGCCCUGCACCUACAACGGGCUGAGCGCCUGCACCACGCCCAGCCCCAUCCUGGAGCCCAACGGCAUUGGGGCAGGGACCUACCAGAGGAACCCUUCGCCGCCCGGCCCAGAGCCCCCCCACAGGGAGCCCCCCCACAGGGAGCCCUACCGGGGGGACGGCAGGAGCAGCACCCUGGAGCAGGUCGAACAGUGGGUCCAAGUGCAGAGGGCAGAGGUCAAAGGACCCCCGUCACGGGAGAACACCCUGCCCCGCCGCUCCCCCGCCACCCUGCCCCACUCCUCCUCCUCCAGGGAGGUGCGCUACCAGACCCUGCCUCGGGCCCCCGGCCCCAGCCCCCCUCCCGCCACCCGCACCGGGGAGUACAAGUACGCCCAGGACCGCCUCAGCCACUUCCAGCUGGCCCCGGAGCCGGCCGGGCCUGGGGGGGGCGGGGGGCCCGUGUACCAGCUGUACGAGUGGCAGCAGCGGCACCAGUACCGCCACGGCAGCCCCACCGCGCCCCUCUACACGCCCGCGCCCGACUACCCCUAUGGCCCCCGGCCCCCCUCCGCCGGGCCCUCCGCCUCCUCCGCCCCCCGGCCUUCGGACGGCCACCCGCGCUGCAUCUCAGUGCCCCCCUCCCCCGCCGACCUGCCCCCCCCCGGGGUCGGCAGGACCGCCUCCCCCCUGCGGAGGCCUCACACGCCUGCCGAGCGGGUGACGGUCCGGCCCGUCAGGUCAGAGGUCGACGGCCCCUUCGCCGCCUCCCCUCGCCGGGCCCAGUCCCAGAUGUUCAAGGCGGCCACCAUGGAGCGGCGGGCGGGGCCGGCGUCAGGCUACAUCUCCCACACCGUCAGCGCUCCCAGUCUCCAUGGCAAGACGACUGAAGACGCCUACAUGCAGCUGAAGAAGGACCUGGAGUAUCUGGACCUGAAGGUGGUUGGAAGCCAGUUUCUGAAGGAGGUUGGGAAACCAGUGAAGGUGGCAGAAAGUGACGUUGAUGUGAAAUUGAGUCGAUUGUGUGAGCAGGACAAGACGUUGAAGGACCUUGAGAGCAGAAUCAGCACCCUAAAGGAUGACAAGGACCAGUUGGAGCGCGUGCUGGACAUGUCCCGCCAGCAGAUGGAGCAGUACCAGGAGCAGCCCGGCCACGCCCACAAGAUCGCCUACCAGCAGCGCCUGCUGCAGGAAGACCUGGUCACCAUCAGGGCCAGCAUCUCCCGCCUCUCCACGGAGAUGUCUGGGGCCUGGCAGGAGUACGUGAGUCUGGAGAGUUCGGUGGAGCAGCUGAGGAAGGCCAUGCAGGCGCACAUGAACCACAGCUCCACCCCCCAGCAGGAGAAGACGGAGCUGAAGCGUGAACUGUGGAGGAUCGAGGAUGUGAUGGCCGGACUGAGCAGCAGUAAGACAAACUACAGGAUCACCAUCCAGUCGGUCCAGAACCCAGAGAGGAAGCUGGUGCCCUCCCUGUCUGAAGGAGUGUUGUCCCAGCCUCCCUCCUGCUCCUCCCCCCCGGGCCUUCUCUCUCUCCCCCACGGCGCUGCAGAGCACUGGGUGGAGGAUGGCGCCCCGCCCCGGCCCCCCCUGCCCAGCCUCUACGACUACGAGGACACCCCCCCCGCGGUGCCCCCCCUCCCCAGGGAGGCGGCGGCGGUGGUCCGCCACACCUCGGUCCGCGGGCUGAAGAGGCAGUCGGACGAGAGGAAGCGGGACCGGGAGAGCGGGCAGUACCCCCUCAACGGGGACUGUAAGGUUGAACUGCGGUCAUAUUUGAGUGAACCAGAUCUCCCAGUGAUGGACCGCAGCAGCGCUGGGUCGGACCCGGACACCCCCUCCUUCUCCGACAAGGGUCUGUUUUCCUCUGGGCUGAACCAGUCCACCUCCAUCUCCUCUUACGUCACUCUGAGGAGAGGACCUGGAGGAAGCCAGGCAGCCAGGGAGAGGCCCCAGAGUGCCUUGGACCAGAUGUAUGCAGUGUCACACGGCGCCCCCGCCCCCCCUUGCCAGACCCGGGGCCGCAUGAGCGCUGAGGAGCAGCUGGAGCGCAUGAAGCGCCACCAGAGGGCGCUGGUCCGCGACCGCCAGAGGAACCUCAGCCAGGGGGAGCGGCCGUGCUCCUCCGGCAGCCCCCCCCAGCGCUGCUCUUCCAGGACGCCCUGGAACCAGGGCCAAGAGCCGUCCCCUUCCACUCCUCCAUGGGAGCCCGUGCAUCAGUCAGGGGGUCCGCCCUGUGAACCGGGCCCCCGGCGCCGCCUGGAUACCACUCCCCUCCAGGGGUUCGACCCCCGAGAGGAGCGGCCAGGGGCCGAGGGCCAGAGCGACGAGGGCCCGGGGACGGAGAGAGGCAGCGGCCAAUCGGAGGGCUGGAUGUAUCCUUCCUGCGUCGCGAGAGAGAUGGACCUGGAGCCUGUGGACUACGACCUGGACCUCAGUCGAGAGCUCUCCAGACCCCCUAAGGUCCCCAUCCCAGAACGCUACGUGGAGUCGGACCCGGACGAACCCCAGAGUCGAGAGGAGCUGGAGAAGCGCUCCCAACGGGCCCAGCGCAUCAGGACCCUGCUGGCCAAGUCCAGUGUCCACAGCCUGCAGCCGGCCCUGGGCCCCUCGCUGGACUUCACCCCGCUGGACUUCAGCGAGCUGGACUCGGUGCUGCAGCAGCAGGAGAGGAUCAUGACCGUCUCCCAAGCUCUGGCCUCUGAGGCCUCACGCAAGAGCAAGCUGGUUGCAGAGGGACGGACGGACAGACUGCUGGCAGGUACACCUUCCUGGGAUUCUUGGUGUUUUGGUUUUAUGUCCGGGCUGUUAGGGUUUCUUCAGGGAAUGGGCACAGACCCAGAGCAUGAGAGAUGUGAACUUGCGGUGUGUAAUGUGAUCACGAUGUGUACCUAUCGAAAACUAAACGUCCCCUGGGCUCCUCCGCCGUCAGUGGGAGGAGCUCAUCAGACUUUUUGCUGGAGGCAGGAAUCAUAAUCAUUUACUGGUGGUGAUGUAAUCCAUUCGACAAAAUAGUUUCACUCUGUUUGCUUUGGCUUGGUUUUACAAAAGGUGUUUUCCACUUUUCUCUUGGUUCAGAAGACUUUUUAAGACUUUUAAUAAAGAGUUUAAGAAAGAGAAGAAGGGAAGAUCAAUGACUGCACAUCCCUUCGAUCCCUGCUCUGGGAUUGUACUGCUAGAUCCUCUGUUGCUCUGAGAGAGAUGGAUGGCUGCUUUAAGGAGGAGCUCCAAUGUCUCCAUAGAAUAAACACAUUCAUAGCUGUGUUUACUAAACAACAAACAAGUUUCAGCAAAUUACACAAUUACACUUAUCAUCGUUAACAUUAACACAUAAAUUGAGUAAUAAAUCAUUGUACAAAAUAUUUUCAUUGAGUCUUUAUGAUCAUCUUAGAUUUUUCUGUUGUGUUUUUCUAUUCUUUAUUUGGAUUCUCCUCAUUGCGUAGCUCUGGUCAUGAUCACCUCCUCCACCUUUAUAUUUGGAUUCUCCUCAUGGCGUAG